AUGCACACGAUACAGGUUCUCGCCGCUGCCACAAUCAUCACCUCGGUCGGCGCCGUCGCCGUUCCGAGAAACGUCCAUGUUGCCGACAUGCGGCUGUACGGCGAGCAGGGCUGCUCUCAAAAGAACGAAGGCGUCUGGACAGUGAUUGACGACGACUUUCGCGCCAACGAGUGCAAGUCGCUCAACGGCCUGCCCGCCAGGUCCAUUCGGAACAUUGACACCAACAAAGGCUGCACCUUGUCGCUGUAUACCGACUCCGCCUGCGCUGCGUCGACGCGCAGGGUCUGCCGCGCUGGCCAGUGCUGCAGCAGCGCCGGGGGCUGGCAAGCGUGGUCCAUGGCGUGUCAAUAA